AUGGCUGAACAAUUGAUCCUCAAGGGCACUUUGGAGGGCCACAAUGGCUGGGUCACCUCCUUGGCCACCUCCAUGGAGAACCCCAACAUGCUCCUGUCGGCUUCCCGCGACAAGACCUUGAUCAUCUGGAACCUCACUCGCGAUGAGACCCAGUACGGAUACCCCAAGCGAUCCCUGACGGGCCACUCCCACAUUGUCUCGGACUGCGUCAUCUCUUCCGAUGGUGCUUACGCCCUGUCCGCGUCUUGGGACAAGACCCUCCGCCUGUGGGAGCUCGCCACCGGCACCACCACUCGACGAUUCGUCGGCCACACCAACGACGUCCUCUCCGUCUCCUUCUCUGCCGACAACCGUCAGAUCGUCUCUGGUUCCCGCGACCGAACCAUCAAGCUGUGGAACACCCUCGGUGACUGCAAGUUCACCAUCUCCGAGAAGGGCCACACUGAGUGGGUUUCCUGCGUGCGAUUCAGCCCCAACCCCCAGAACCCCGUCAUUGUCUCCUCUGGCUGGGACAAGCUUGUCAAGGUCUGGGAACUCUCCAGCUGCAAGCUGCAGACCGACCACAUGGGCCACAACGGAUACAUCAACACCGUCACCAUCUCCCCCGACGGCUCCCUCUGCGCCUCCGGUGGCAAGGACGGCACCACCAUGCUCUGGGAUCUUAACGAGUCCAAGCACCUGUACUCCCUCAACGCCAACGACGAGAUCCACGCCCUCGUCUUCUCCCCCAACCGAUACUGGCUGGGCCCCGCCACCCCCCGCAGCAUCAUCAUCUUCGAUCUCGAGAAGAAGUCCAAGGUCGACGAGCUCAAGCCCGAGUUCACCGCCGUUGGCAAGAAGAGCCGAGAGCCCGAGUGUGUCUCCCUCGCCUGGUCUGGUGACGGCCAGACUCUCUUCGCUGGUUACACUGACAACAUUAUCCGUGCUUGGGGCGUCAUGUCGAGGGCAUAA